ACCAUACCAUCUCCUCCACACCAUCACACUCUGUCAGUAACUCACAGCAGCACCACACUCACUCACCUACUUAGCAUAACUAGCUCCCAAUGGCUCUCAGUGGCAAGGCAACGGUGGCCGCGGCGGUGAUGGCGGCAGCAGUCCUGAUGCUGUUCGCCGGCGAGGCGUCGGCGCUGACCUGCGGGCAGGUGGACUCCACUCUGGCGCCGUGCGUGGCGUACGCGACGGGGAGGGAGAAGAUGCUGAGCCAGCGCUGCUGCGGCGGCGUGCGCUCACUGAACGCCCUGGCCCGCUCCACCCCCGACCGGAAGGCGGCGUGCGAGUGCCUCAAGAGUCUCGCCCGCGGCAUCAAGUCCAUCGACAUGGGCAAGGUCUCCGGCGUGCCCGGCAAGUGCGGCGUCAGCGUCCCAUUCCCCAUCGCCCUCUCCACUGACUGCGCCAAGGUCCACUAAGUCACCUAGCUACGUGCAUGUCAUGCACGCGCUUGUGGAGGUUGAUCGAUGGAGUACGUGCCUAGAGAUAAUUAAGGUGCAGCUAGAAGAAAUAAAAUAAAAGCCUUGCUUCACGUGUAUUUAUGUUCCACUACCGUGCACCCACUCUUGGUGCAAAUAUAUUUUUCAGUAUGCUAGUUUUCAAUAUCCUGCGUACUGCGCCCAUGCGCGUACGUCUGUGUGUGAGUCAACUGUCAGCUGCUUGUUGCUACUCUAGCCGAUCGAUGUGUACGUGUGACCUGUUAAGUUUGUCUGACCUACUUGUUCAGGCAAUUAAUUAUUAAUAAUCAGCUAUUAUUGUGCGA